AUGUUUUCUCUACGUCCUCUGGCAGCUCACUUACGAACUAGUCCAAUAAAGUUUCCAUUUUCCUCUGUCGCACGACUUGUCAAGCCGCUACACACUGCUCCGCCAAUCGUUCCACCAGAACAAUUAUCUCAAAACACUAGCACUACUACCAACAAUACUUCUACUUCUACUUCUACUCAUCCUUCCUCUCUUGGUCGUUUCCGUCGCUCAUGGACCGAAGAAGAACAACUAAAACUCGAAAAGCUAAUUGAAAUCUAUGGUGAAAGAUGGACAGAGAUUUCCAAACACUUUGACAUGCGAUCUCCGGCUCACAUCAAACAGCGAUGCCUGACCAUGAAAGGUUCGCAAUUCCUAGGUCCAUGGUCAAAAGAAGAACUCGAUCUUUUGCGAGAUCUCGUUGGAGAUGCCAAGGACGUUGAUUGGGUCAAAAUCAGAGACCAGCUGCCCCUCCGUCGUCCGAUUCCUAUCAUCAAACAGACUUGGAUAUACAGUCUUGACCCAACUAUCAAACAUGGAAAAUGGUCUGAAGAAGAAAGCGCCAAGCUGACUCAGCUUGUUGAAAAACAUGGCCCUAAUAAUUGGACUGCAAUUGGCAAUGAAUUCAAAACGCGUACCAAACGUCAGUGUCUAGAACGCUGGAAGUGGCAAAUGGCAGAUAUUAAGAAAGGUCAAUAUUCAGAUGAGGAAGACAAGCUUAUUAUGGAUGCCAUCAAGGAGCACGGAAAUACCAAUUUCCUUUUGAUUCAGAAAGCAACGGGGAUCAAGCGGACUCCUCGUCACAUCUCCCAACACUAUAAUGCCAUACUUAACCCAAAGUUUGACCGGUCCCCUUGGACACUUGAAGAAGAGUUGGAUUUUUAUCAUGGUUACCAGAAGCACGGUGACAUGGUCAAGGUCAGUAAGAUGAUGAAUAGCAAGCGGUAUCCCAAGGAUAUCUGGAACCACUACUACAGAACCAAGCGGGUACUCGAAGGACACUCGACCCCAAGAUUAUCAAAAGCAAAGGCUGAUAAAGAAAAGGAGUCGGAAACAGAGCAAAAAGAGAAAUCAGAGGAAUCAACAAUCACACAAGAUACCAGCACCACUACUACCAGCACCGCCACUACCGUCAACCAACCCGCAAAAGAGCUUAUAAAAGAAAAUAAUUAA